AUGGCAUCACUCAAUCAAAAUGUAGAUAAUUCUUCAGUUUUCACAUUUCAACCAUACGAACCUUUAUUUCCUAGUGUAAUGUUUACUCAGAAAAUGCAUAAUCAAAUUACAAGAAGUAAUAGUCUUCAACCAAAAAAAACUAGUGACGCUAAUUACCAUUCAACAUUGAAAAAAAAUGAUCAAAGACUUGACUCGGCCAUAUGUAUGCCAUCCGCAAAAAAAUCCACGACUUGUUAUGAUACCUCUAAAGGUGCUGCGAUGUAUAUAAGAAAUAAUGAGAGUUUGGAACGAUGGGUAGAUGACUUGUUAAAAGAGUUUGAUAAUGUUAUGUCAGUAAAUUUAAAUACCGACCUUUGUCAAGAUAAUAGUCGAAGAGUUAAAGAGUUAAUUAAACAGAUUGAUGACAGACUUAAUAAAACUAUAACAGACGAUAUCGAAGGUCUUCGAGAGUUUGUUCGCGGAAAGAAAUUUGAUUAUGAACUCAAACUAAAAAAUGAAUCUUCAAGUGAUCCUGAUAUAACAGACGAAGCUUUAUAUGAGAAUGGUAAUGCCGAUAAAACAAUUUCUGUUAAUCAUUCAAAUGAAACUACAAAAGUGCAGCAGUCUGCACUGAAUUCACCAUCAAAUAUAGCGAAAAAACAACCAGCAAGAUUACGCGUGUCAAGGUUUAUAAAGAAAGUCAUUGCCAAAAAAUCAUCCAUAACGGAAAAAGACAUUUCAUCAGAUAGCUGUAAUUCUUGUUUGAGUAGUCAAGAAACACGAACAUCCAAACAUGAUCAAAUUGAUUCUGCCAAGAGCAGAAUAGAAAUUGCACGAAAACAGAGUUCACAUAUUAUUGGCACGAUUGUGAACCGAAAUAAAUUUGAAAGACUUUUGAAUGGUCGAUAUCUUAUUGAUAAAAAAGAUACUAUUGGCGAAGGUCAUCAUGGAAAGGUUUUCAAGGGUAAUUUCUUAAUAGCUUGUGUGGACCUUCAGAACAAUACACGCGUUGCGGUGAAAUGUUUGAAAAAGCAAUUUAUGUGUUCAAUAGGGCGAUUCCAAAUCGCUGAUAAAAAACAAAAAAAGAGAAAUGCAGAAAUAAUACAUGAAGGUAAAAUCAUGUUACGAACCGAUGGUCUACCAAAUUUAGUACCACUUUUAGAUUUAGUAGAAACCUCACAAAAAGUAUAUUAUAUAAUGCCUCUUGCAAGUAAAGACCUAAGCGAUUUGAUUUAUCGUCGAAGGAUGACCGAACGUAGUGUUCGCGAACUGAUAAAGCCUAUAUUUGAGGCUGUUAAAGGUUUACAUGAUUCUGGAUUUGUUCAUCGGGAUAUUAAACCUGAAAAUAUAAUGUUAUAUCAAGAUGGAUUUGCAAAACUUGGUGAUUUUGGUUUAUCUACCGAGUUUGGUUAUCAUUCUGGAUUACAGGUCGUUGGAACACCUGCUUUUGCUGCUCCAGAAGUUCUUGGUCAAUUUCAUAGAACAGAUAAAUUGGCCUGGUUAAAUUAUAAACGUGCUGAUAUAUGGUCAUUAGGUGCGACAUUAUACGUUUGUCUUGCAGGUCGAUAUCCUUUUGAAGAAAAUCAUCCAAUAUCUGAGCAAUCUGUGUCCAGUAUAGAAUUUCCGGAACGUAGAUUUAAACAUUAUUCACUUGAAGUUGUCGAUUUAAUACAAAAAUUGUUAGUUUUUGAUCCGUUGAGACGAAUCUCUAUAGACGAAGCUUUACAACAUCCGUUUUUUACAAAUGAAUGA